CUCACCUGUUUACACAUCGAUCAUCUCCGAUAUUUCCGACAUGAUUUUAAAGGACAGAUAUCGGAGCAUCAAACAUGGCCGCUCUGAGAUUAAUCGCGUAAGUGACCGUGUGCGUCUCUUUCAGAGCCGAACUCGAGUAAACUAGUGUGGAGAACGUCUGUUCUAGUUUUAUUCGGCUGAGCAUCAUGUGUUCCUGUGAUCUCCUGUGAGUUCAUGGCCUCUGAUGGGUCUCCAGUCAGAGACGCUCGAGAGAAGCAGAAGCAGAAGAGGAAGAAAGCCGAUCGGAGCAGAUCUGAUGUGGAGGAAACAGACGCUCAGGUGGAGAUUGAGAGACUGACGGCGGCUGGACAUGCAGCGCUGCAGACCGGAGACAACAACGCAGCGCUGCGGUGCUUCAAGAGCGCAUUAAAAGCUGCCGCAAAGCUCAGAGAGAAGAGGCUGCAGAGGACCUGUGCGCUGAACCUGGGCGCGGCGUACGUGGAGGCGGGUGAACCUCAGAAGGGGCUGGACGUCCUGUCGCGCGCGCAGCCGGGCGAGAGAGGCGAGCGGAUCGCAGACCUGCAGUUCAACCUGGCCACGGCUCACGAGGCGCUGGGAGAGCAGACGCAGGCGGCACGCCACUAUCUGCAGGCCGCGCAGCUGUACCGCUCGCAGGGGGCCGCCGCCGCAGAGGGGGACACCUGCGUCAGACUCGCUCGCUGCCACCUCCAGAGGAAGGAGUGGGACGAGGCCGCAGCGAGUUUCCGGCGAGCUGCUGAGAGUUAUAAAACAGCGGGAAAUACGCCUGCGGCUGCACUGGCACUGAAGGAUGCUGGGAAACACAUGCUGCAGAGCGGCCGCAACGCUACCGAUGACAUCAUCAGCGUGCUGACGGACAGCCUGGAGAUGAGCGCCAACAUUUCAGAUCAGGAGACGCUGGGGAAGCUGCUGAAUGACGUGGGUUUGAGUUUCUCUCAGAUGAGGCUGUUCUCCGAGGCGUCCGAGUGUUACGAGCAGGCACUUCCUCUGGUCGCAUCUAAACCGCACAGGCUGGCGGUGGUUCUGCAGAAUCUGGGCGCCGUCCACAACACUCUGGGUCAGUACCAGCAGGCUGUGAGGUUCCACCGAGAGGCAGCGGCGCUCCACGGCUCUCUGGGCAGCCGCGCUGCUCAGGGUCGGUGUUUCAGCAAUCUGGGUUUCGCUCUGGUGGAGCUGGACGAGCUGGAGGAGGCGUGGGAGAGUUACAUACACGCACAGCAGGCCUUCAGAGACACCGACGAUGCGUCCGGUCAGUGGCAGGCCUGCGAGGGUCUCGGCGGGAUCAAGCUACAGAUGAGAGACCCAGAGAAAGCCACCGUCUACUAUAAAGACGCACUACGAUUGCUAUGCAAAUGCCAGGACGUGUCUAGUUCAGUGCAGGAGCGUCUGGUCAGUAAACUGAGCGAAGCGUUACAGCAGAAGCUGCUCCUACAACAGAGAGGAGCCGCGACACAUCGAACCGUCCCGGAGCGACAUCAUAACCGACGGCUGCCACGGUCGACGGCUGUGCGGUCUGACGUCCAGCAGUGGAGGAGAGAGAUGCCAAACGGAGCUGCAGAUGGAGAAAACCCAGCCACAGACCGGAAGCGCCACAACGAAUCCAUAAUGUCAUCAGAGUCGCGUCAAGAACAAGAACAAGCAGAUCAUCACAAUGCACUUCCAGAGGCCAACAGGAAUCUGAAUAACACGUAUGAUAAAGCAGAGCUGCAUCAGCAGAACUUCCCUUCAGAGUCCUCAGGACAUGGUGGUUUGUCUGCUGAAUCUAUGAAGCCGAGGCCAGUACAGAUGAACGGCACACACCCAUUGGUCAGGAGCACUGUGACUCCACCCCUUACUCAGCAUGACAGCGAUGAGGCCACGCCCCUGACGAGGAGAUUGAAGUCCAGAUUCUGCACGGUCAUGUGACAGAAACACGUGCACAGGAUAAACUCUCCAUGGGAAAGAGGUUUUUACCUUCUUAUGGAACAUCCGACAAGGAUUCUGGGUUCAGCAUGAAAAUGAGACUGAACACCUGAGCAAAAACUGAACAAGUGGACGCCACUUUGGAUAAAACAUGUCUGAUAAAUGGUGGGAACAAAUUUUCUAUUCAAAGAAGAGAGGGUGGAUCAGAUGAGCACAGAGAGACUUCAUCAGCAAGGCAACUGUGUGAUUAUAAGUCAUAGAUUAUUUCAGCAUUUUUGAUCAUCUCAUUUUAGUCUCUUACCACUUUUACCAGUUUCAACAGACAUCAUGAGUGAAUCUACCAGCAUCACCCAAGAUUAAAGCACCUGCUGUACUGAAAUAAAUUUUAUAUCAAAACUCAA